CAAGCAUGACUUUAUCAACUCGGAACCCUCCUUUUUCUUCAAGCCUAUAUAUAAAUUAUCGGACCAUAAACAUCAAGCACUUCACCAGCUAGCUAGCCUCAUCGCCUCUUCCGUUUCACCACUUGUAAUCUGACCUUCAGGCAAUGGCAGAUCAGCAGAGGAUCCACCCCGUCCACGACCCCGAGGCGCCGCAGAAGCCCACUGCGCCGCUGGUGCCGCCCGGCUCUUCCAUGUCCGACAAGGGCGACCCUCCGCCGCGGUUCCGCCGCACCAUCCCCCUCUCCUACUCCCCGCCGCCCAAGAGAUCAAGAAGCUGCUGCCGCAAGUGCUUGUGCUGGACGGUCUGCCUCCUCCUCCUCCAAAUCAUCGUCAUCGCCAUUCUCGCCGCCGCCGUCUACUUCGUCUUCCAGCCGAAGAUCCCGAAGUACUCCGUCGACGGCAUGAGAAUAACCCAGUUCAAUCUCAGCACAGACAAUAGCCUCUACGCCGCCUUCAACGUGAAAAUCACCGCCCGGAACCCCAACAAGAAGAUCGGCAUCUACUACCGGGGAGGCAGCCAUAUAAGCGUGUGGUACAGCGGAGACCAGCUCUGCCAGGGGGCUCUACCGGAGUUCUACCAGGGCCACAGGAACACGACGGUGAUGGAGGUGGGGCUGACGGGCGAAACCCAGGACGCCACCGGGCUGCUGCAGUCGCUGCAGGCGGAUAAGCAGACUGGAAGCGUGCCGUUGAAUCUGAGGGUGAAAGUUCCAGUGAGGAUCAAGAUUGGAUCGGUAAAGCUGAUGAAGUGGAAGUUUGUGGUGAAGUGCAAGCUGCUGGUGGACACCUUGGCUGCUGAUAAUGAGAUUAAAAUUAAGAGCAGCAGUUGUAAGUUUAGGUUUAGGCUCUAAUAGAUUUAGAUUUAGAUUUAGAUUUGCUUAAUUAAUUCAUUUCACCAUUAUAUUGUUUCUAUUGCCAUAUUUGGGUUUUGUCUUAUUUAUUGUUGUGAUUUUGUUUUUCUUUUGUUGUACAAAACAGAUCAGAUGGAGGAUUCUUUUAGUUGAUUUUUCUUUAAUUUUUUUUUA